CUCCAUCUCUCUCCUCUCUCUUUCUCUCUCGCUCCCUUCCUUCCUGUAACUGAACAGUGAAAAUUCACAUUGUGGAUCCGCUAACAGGCACAGAUGUCAUGUGAAAACGCACAUGCUCUGCCAUCCACACCGCCUUUCUUCCUCUUCUUUCUGUUUCCUUUUUUUCCCCUUGCUCCUUCUCCCUCUUCUUUGUAACUAACAAAACCACCACCAACUCCUCCUCCUGCUGCUGCCCUUCCUCCUCCUCCUCAGUCCAAGUGAUCACAAAAGAAACCUUCUGAGCCGGAGGCGGUGGCAUUUUUAAAAAGCAAGUACAUUGGAGAGAAAGAAAAAAGAAAAACAAAAGCAAAACAAAACCCAGGCACCAGCCAGCCAGCACAUUUUUUUCACCCCUCCUGAAAACAAACAAACAACCAAACAACCAUCAAAACAGUCACCACCACCAUCAUCAAAACUGUUAACAUAGCAGCGGCGGCAGCAAACGUCACCCUCCGGCCACGGCGUCCACCUAAAGGGAUGGUUUUCUCGGCAGAGCAGCUCUUCGCCGACUACCUUCCUCACUCGUGCUGAGCGGGAUUUUUGGGCUCUCCGGGGUUCGGGCUGGGAGCAGCUUCAUGACUACGCGGAGCGGGAGAGCGGCUACACCAUGCGAGCACAAAUUGAAGUGAUACCAUGCAAAAUUUGUGGCGAUAAAUCCUCUGGGAUCCACUACGGAGUCAUCACGUGUGAAGGCUGCAAGGGAUUCUUUAGAAGGAGCCAGCAGAACAAUGCCUCUUACUCCUGCCCGAGGCAGAGAAACUGUUUAAUUGACAGAACCAACAGAAACCGUUGCCAACACUGCCGACUGCAGAAGUGUCUUGCCCUAGGAAUGUCGAGAGAUGCUGUGAAGUUUGGGAGGAUGUCCAAGAAGCAGAGGGACAGCCUGUAUGCUGAGGUGCAGAAGCACCAGCAGCGGCUGCAGGAGCAGCGGCAGCAGCAGAGUGGGGAGGCGGAAGCCCUCGCCAGGGUGUACAGCAGCAGCAUCAGCAAUGGCCUCAGCAACCUGAGCAACGAGGCCAGUGGCACUUACGCCAACGGACACGUCAUGGACCUGCCCAAGUCCGAGGGUUAUUACAACGUGGAUUCCGGCCAGCCGUCCCCUGAUCAGUCAGGACUUGACGUGACUGGAAUCAAACAGAUAAAGCAAGAACCUAUCUAUGACCUCACAUCCGUACCCAACUUGUUUACCUAUAGUUCUUUCAACAACGGGCAGUUAGCACCAGGGAUAACCAUGACUGAAAUCGAUCGAAUUGCGCAGAACAUCAUUAAGUCCCAUCUGGAGACAUGUCAAUACACCAUGGAAGAGCUACACCAGCUGGCAUGGCAGAUCCACACAUAUGAAGAAAUCAAAGCGUAUCAAAGCAAGUCCAGGGAAGCACUGUGGCAGCAAUGUGCCAUCCAGAUCACUCACGCCAUCCAAUAUGUAGUAGAGUUUGCAAAGCGAAUAACAGGCUUCAUGGAACUCUGUCAAAAUGAUCAAAUCCUACUUCUGAAGUCAGGUUGCUUGGAAGUGGUUUUAGUGAGAAUGUGCCGUGCCUUCAACCCAUUAAACAACACUGUUCUGUUUGAAGGAAAAUAUGGAGGAAUGCAAAUGUUCAAGGCCUUAGGUUCUGAUGACCUAGUAAAUGAAGCAUUUGACUUUGCAAAGAAUUUGUGUUCCUUGCAGCUGACUGAAGAAGAGAUUGCUUUGUUCUCAUCUGCUGUUCUGAUAUCUCCAGACCGAGCCUGGCUGAUAGAACCAAGGAAGGUCCAGAAGCUUCAGGAAAAAAUUUAUUUUGCACUUCAACAUGUGAUUCAGAAGAAUCACCUGGAUGAUGAGACCUUGGCAAAGUUAAUAGCCAAGAUACCAACCAUCACGGCAGUUUGCAACUUGCACGGGGAGAAACUGCAGGUAUUUAAGCAAUCGCAUCCAGACAUAGUGAAUACACUCUUUCCUCCGUUAUACAAGGAGCUCUUUAAUCCUGACUGUGCCACCGUCUGCAAGUGAAGGUGACGAGCGAACUGUCUCAUAGUCAUGGAAUGCAGCACCAUUAAGACAAAAGCAAUGUGUUCAUGAAGACUUAAGGAAAAUGUCACUACUGCAACAUUAGGAAUGUCCUGCACUUAAUACAAUUAUUUUUCACCGCUACAGUUUGAAGAAUGUAAAUAUGCACCUGAGUGGGGCUCUUUUAUUUGUUUGUUUGUUUUUGAAAUGACCAUAAAUAUACAAAUAUAGGACACUGGGUGUUAUCUUUUUUUUAAUUUUAUUCAGGUAUGUUUGGGGAGACAACUGUUUAUAGAAUUUUAUUGUAGAUAUAUACGAGAACAGAGCAGUACUUUACAUGAUUACUUUUCCUGUUGAUUGUUCAAAUAUAAUUUAAGAAAAUUCCACUUAAUAGGCUUAACGAUUUCUAUGUUUUUAGAUAGUUGAUGCAUGUAUAAAUUUGUAGCUGUCUUGGAAAGCACUGUGCAUGUAUGUAAUGAGUAUAUAAUAUCUGAGAAUAUUAUAUAUGACUAUUACUUAUACAUGCACAUGCACUGUGGCUUAAAAUACCAUACCUACUAGCAAAGGAGGUUCAGUCAGGCACUAUUAUGUUAUUUACCUUGUGUUAUAUGUUACCUUUAUGUUAGACAAUCAGGAUUUUGUUUUCCCAGCCAGAGUUUUCAUCUAUAGUUAAUAGCAGAAUGGUACCAAUUCAGAAAUGUCUACAAAGGAAUAAAUAUAAUGCAUGACCUCUGUAUAAAAACUCUGUUUCGAUCAAUGACAUCAAAGCCUUGUCAAGAUGGUACAUAUUGGGAAAAAAAAUAAGUAUUUGGAGCCAUUUUCCUGUUUUAAGAAUUAGGCCACAGAUAACAUUGUGGAGUCCAGGGCUUUUUUGACCAAACAAUAGAUAUUUCCACCAGGACACAUAAAACAGUUUUUUUUUUUCUUUGGAUUUCAAGUUGUGAAAGAACCUUCAUUUUGGUGCUUAUUGUAUCUUUAACAGAGAAAUACAGUCUGUAGAUUAUGACCACCAGCAAUUUUUGCUAAUAAAAUUAGAGGAAAAGAGUAGGUCAGAGCCCAGGGUCCUAAUGCCAUUUCAUGUAAACAUUUUUCUCUCUAACCAUUUUUUUUCCCAAAGAAGAGGAAGAGAGAGAAUAUACAAAGUAAAGAAGUAGUUCUUUAUGUUCAUUCUCUUGAAUAAGUUUGUUAGAAAAUGCAGCAAUAAAGGGGGAGGCAGGACUUUCUACGUCCUUCUAGUCUGUGGUCUCUAAUUUUUUCAACUCCACAAUGCUGUAUUAUAAAAAUAUAGCAAAACCUUGAUAGAUUAGAAUAAAAGAUCUGGGUUAUUCUACAGAGCUAAUACACCUCAAAGCCAAAACUAUUUCCUGUGCCGUCUGGAAUUGCAUCAUCCAUCUAGCCGGGAAUUAUUUUUUUAGCAACUUUUAAAAGUACAGAAUGCAAGAGGUGAGAUCACGAUUAGACAAUUUGGAUUUCCUAGUACUUCCUCACUUCUCCACUUGCUGACCAAUCAAAGCGAUCACCAGAAAAGCAUAAAUUCCAGGGAGUUCUGCCUGUGUUCUGGAGGCCUUAUGCCUUUGGUCUCAUUUGAUCCAAAAUAAGAUUUUUUAAAAGGGAGCUAGAGAAGAGCUUAGUGUAUAAGACAAUGAAAAUUAUGAUCUCCUAUAAGUGUAGCCUGGCCAUCAACUCAUGAAGACCUGCCCUUUUCUCCUUGUCCAACACACACACACACAAAUGCACACCUGCUUUGUGAAGUUUCCAUCAGUGGAAACUUUUGAUUUUUUUUUUUUUUUUUUAUCUCUUAUGCUCUCCUGAAGUUAGAUGGUUGAGAGCCAUCUCCAUGAUGCCACAGAACUGCAAACUGAUGAUCAAACAGUAGUGUUAGUCUUUGCUUUUAGAAAACAGAGUCUUUGCCCACAUCAUGAUUGAUGAAUUCCUAACCAAUAGGGAAAAACAGAAAGGCUUUAAAAUAAUGAAUCUCUUUCUCAACUACCGUUAUAUUCAAUUAAUUUAACUACAUUGAACCAAAUUACCUUCAGUGUCUAAGAAGACAGCUGUAGACUGCUUAUUAUGCUGCUACAGGGACUCAAUUCUUUUUGGUGUAAAUGUCACUCCUGCUAGCUCUUUGUAUAAAGAAUUAAUUCCAAGAGUCAUAUUUCCUUCUAAUGGAAAGAUUACUUUACUGAUUGCUAGGAAAACAGGGUAAUGGAAGGCACUCAAUUAAACCAAACCGUUUCCAAAUGCAAUGUAUGUUUUAUGAUUGGCUUGUGAUAGGCGAUGCUUAAUGUGUCUACUUGGUGUUUCCCUUUGAGCUUUGAACUUAUGUCAAACUUUGUUUUCAUUGUUCUGUUGGCUUAGUGUUUCCAAUUGUCAGCCUGUAAUUCCUGCUCAGUUGCAAAGGGAACCAUUUGUUUCCUCCAGUUUACCUUAGAGGAUUUAAAUUGGCUCAAUUGAUGAAAUGGCUGAGAAUUUCUCCUCCCCUGUCCCAUGGGUGAUAUAGGAAAAAGAUUGUUCCCCACAUUUGCCUCAGGAGGUACUGGAUUUGAAUUUGUGUCGUUUCCAGUAGUGCAAGCAUUUCACUGGGACGGCAUGAACCUUUUGAAGCUAGGGGACAGGAAACAGCUAGCAACUGAACCAGAACAAAAUAGUGGAAACCAGUACACACUCAGCCCCGUUCAGUUGAGAAAAGAGAUUUCCAUUUUUCGCCACAGUUGCCAAAUCUGUCCCUUGAAAGAGAGCCAAGUCAUGUUUUCAGUGGUAACAAAGCACCUUUAAAAGCUGCCCUUUGAACAUCUCCUUGCUGCAUCUCGAGGUAUUUUGAAAUUUCAGUUAAGAACAACUUUCUUUACCACACGCAAUCUUUGUCCCUGCCCCAUGAAGACUCAUGAGUGGUUGCAACACAUUCAUGAUAAAAUGUGCACUGGAAGAAAGGACCCAGGAUCUGUACUUUUCACUUCAAACUUCGUAAAUGACAAUCACUGCUUGAUGCAGAUGUUGCACUGUAUUCACUCAGGGAUGUUUUGUUUUUUUAAAAAAGAAAAAAAGAAGAAAAAAAAAAAGUACACCAAGAAGGAAGGAAAAAAAAAAAAAACAGGAAAAUGACAACAAAA